GCUGCGACCCGAACUUGAACCCCAGCUGCCGUAAAUACGCGCGAGGCGAGGCGUUGCCGAGGCUGUGCUCGGACGGCUAGCAGAGAUGCCUGGUCAACUGAACGACUUGAAGCACAAAAAGAGGAAGAACGUCUCUGAGGCUACCCCCGCCCAAAAGGGUUCUACCACAAGGAGGAAAUGCAUGAAAAGUCAGAAGACUCACCCGGCGGCAGAAAGCAGCUCGGCGGGCGGCGCUGACAACAAAGAGGGCGGCGACGCAGAGAGAGCUUCUCGCAUCAGCUGCGAGUGCCUCCAGUCCGCGGGCAGGCGGCGAUGCUCGGCGUCUCCUCUGCUGGACGGACGGGAGGGAAAAGAGAACACGGUGAGGGCGGCGCUGUUGCUCGACACCUGCACCUGGUACGACGGACAGGACAGAUGCGAGCCCGAGGGCAUGGAUUGCGAGAACACGGACAAAAACGUCUUCCCUGAUGACGACAGCAACCAGAUUCUUCCUUUGGAGCAGUUCUUUGGAAAUUUGGAUGCUUUACAGGAUUUUCCUCAAAGAACAACAGCGACUUCCUCCCGUCACAAGAAGCAGCACAGGCGGCGGCAUUAUUUCGCCCGAGAGGACAGCGACGAGGAUGAGGAAGACGCGGGCCUCCCCCAAAGGGACACUGGCGGCGCUUUGUAAACGGAGGCCGCUCCGACGGACGUUUCAGCACGUAGCAAAAAAGCCGCCAAAUGAAAACAUAUUUCGUCCACUCGGCUGACACAAGCUCCAAGGUAAUUUGAGCUAUUUUUGAUACGGCAGCUGAUAUCCGAGCAAAGAUCCGAUUUUGACACGCGAGCGCGGCAAGCCGGGCUUUUCUUAGCGCUGCCGCAGCGGACCAGCGCCCCUCGACCUCAAGACAGUCGCUUUUUAGCUUCGAGGAUAGCUUCAAAAGCCUGCUGACAGCGAUACGGUGGUCAUCGGUGGACCACCGGCGAUCACUAAGAUGGUAUUUGUCGAUAUUUAGAGCGAGCGAGUUAUUGCCACCGCAUAUCAAGCUAUUUAUUGAUGCCUUCGAGACCGUGAACAAAUCUACAGGUCAACGGCCACAUUAUUAAGUUACAGCCAAUGACAGGAGCCGAAUCAAUCAUCAUUUUCAAAAAUGCUCAGUUAUGAUUGACACUGGUAUUAAUUUAACAUUGUUCAUUAUUUAUGCAACCGCGGUUUGAAAAAUUUUGCAGGGAUACAAAAAAAGUAACAAAGUGGUUCAACAUUCAUGAAUCCCUCCAUUUGCCAAUGUUUAUUUUAUUUCAAUCAUUUUAAUCGAUUUUCGAUUAUAUGCAUAGAAUGUACAUUUUUGUGACUACAACAUGGCUAUAAACUAAAAUGCUGUUUACGA